UUCAGCGUAUUUAUUGUGAAAUGUUUACAUUUCAUUCAUUUAGUGUAUUUAUGCCGCCGAAAGAGAGAUAUUUUGGCAUAAUCAAAGUGAAUUUCAACCGAACUGUGAGUCAAGUGGUAUUUAUCAAACCAAAACAAUGACAGAAACUAAAACAGAAUCAGUUUUAGAUAACAAUAGUAAAGAAGCAGGCGCAACUGUGGCUUUCUUAACAUCAGAUGUCAAAGUAUUGUCUAUCGAAAAUCAGAUGGAAUACUUCGACACAAAAAAACCUACAAUCAAAUUUGACAAACAAAUCUUUAUGGAGGACAGCAGAAAGCAUUUUGGCCAACUGCUAAUGGGAAAUCGAGCGCCCUUUAUGCCCAAAGAACGCUUUAUGACGGAUUUGUUUGAUAUGAAUACAAUUGAGAAAGAUAAUCAACCCAGACAAUAUCAAUUUGAUUGUUAUCCCUGUGCUUCCCCGGGUAGUUCCAUGGAUAGUACAUUUGGCCAGACAUUUUACGCUAAGGCAGUAAUGCACGAAUUGAGAAAGAGACUGAAAAACCACAAAUGGGUUUCAAAUAAUGUAUUGGAAUACCCAAAGAACAUCAUUGGUCGUUCAUACUACCGCUAUGAAGAAGACUACUACGUUCAGAAUAUCGUCCAUGACAUCCUCCAGGAACAGAAACUAAAAGUUUUUCAGUUUUUGCUUUAUUUACACAGAGAAUAUGUAAACGAAAGACCAAAUUCUAAGAAAUCUUAA